CAAGGACCCCUCUUUUAUUUAGACCCUUGUCUCAAACAUUUCUUCAUAGAAGCUGUUUUCACUUAUGUCCUUUAAAGAUAUAUAGCUAGAGAAGAAAAAACAAUCAAGAAAAUCAAGUGCUUUUUUUUGUGUGUGUUUUGAAUUAAUCAAAGAAGAUUUAUUUGUUUGAUUUUAGAAAUGGGAAGGCCACCUUGUUGUGAAAAAACUGGGGUGAAGAAAGGGCCAUGGACACCAGAAGAAGAUAUCAUUUUGGUUUCAUACAUUCAAGAACAUGGUCCUGGAAACUGGAGAAAUAUUCCAACUAAUACUGGUUUGCUAAGAUGCAGUAAAAGUUGUAGGCUCCGAUGGACUAAUUAUCUUCGGCCGGGAAUCAAACGUGGAAACUUCACUGAACAUGAAGAAAAAAUGAUUAUCCACCUUCAAGCUCUUCUUGGCAAUCGAUGGGCAGCUAUAGCUUCAUACCUUCCGCAAAGGACAGACAAUGAUAUCAAAAAUUACUGGAACACUCAUUUGAAAAAGAAGCUUAAUAAUAAUAAGAAGGUUGAAGGCCAUGAUGAUAAUCAUGACGAAAACAAUCACCAAGAGGGAAAUUCAGCAUCAUCAUCAUCAUCUCAAUCAAAAAUCUCAAAAGGACAAUGGGAAAGGAGGCUUCAAACAGACAUUCACACUGCUAAACAAGCUCUGUGUGAUGCUUUAUCACUUGACAUUAUUCCAAAUAAUAAUAAUAAUAUUCCCCCUCCUCAUGAUCAGGAACAACAACCAGCAUCAGUUCAAACAUCUACUACCUAUGCUUCAAGUGCUGAAAACAUUGCUAAGUUGCUUCAAAAUUGGAUGAAAAAUUCACCCAAAUCGACCUCGUCAAGUAGUUCGAAAAUUACUCAAAUGUCUUCCUUGAACAACAAUUUAUCAAUCGGUGCGGUUUCAAGUUCUAGCCCCAGCGAAGGGACCGUAAAUGUUACAACCGGACAAGGUUUGGACUCGCUCUUUAGCUUUAAUUCAUCUAAUAAUUCGGAUGUUUCACAAUCCGUUUCGGUCGAUGAGGGUGGUAAUUUCAGUACACCUGAGAAUAAUAAUGCUGGGAUUUUCCAAGUUGAAAGCAAGCCAAAUCUGCCUGAUUUCAAGCCAGAAAAUGGGAAUAUUCAAGAGGAGAGUAAGCAAAAUUUGGAGACACAAGUCCCUUUAACUAUGCUGGAGAAGUGGCUGCUUGAUGAUGCUAAUGCACAAGCUGAACAAGAAGAUCAAUUAAUGGGAAUUGGAAUGGGAAUGGCCUUGGCUGAAACUUCUGAUUUGUUUUGAAGAAAAAAAGAAAGAAAGAUAGUUUACUAGUACUCCCUCCGUUUCAAUUUAUCUGCCUUAAUUUAAUUGAGGUUGAAGUUUAAGAAAAUAAGUAAGACGCAUAAAUUGAAACGUAGGGAGUAGUAAAUAUUUCUUCAAAACAACAUAGCACAGUUUCAGGUAUAGUUGGUCUUUUGGCUCUUUUAAUUAAUUAGUUGUUACUGCUUGUUAGGAUUUGGACUCCAUAGGUUUUUAUUUGAGUACUUUAUAUAGCCAGAGCAGAUCUAAAACUCUGAUAUUUGCAAGAGCAUAAAGUGUAUAUUCCAUGUAAUCUUUAAACUUGGGAAUGUAUUGAGUAGCUAGGAAUAAUGAACCCUCACCAGUACUCUAUCAAGAGCUUCAAUUGUUUUUAUUUUGGGUUCAUUUUUUGUGUAAUUUCUGAGAAACCUGACUUGAUCUAUAUGAAAUCCUUAGUUACAAAUUAAAUUGGGGUCAA